AUGUCUGACAUCGUUGAUCAGUGUGCGGAAAUGGAGUGGAUGUCCUUUGAUGGAACUCCUGACAUCAUCAAAUCACGGGCUCAAAAUAUAUUAACAUUCUGGUUAUUUCAUGGAAAAUCGGAUAUGUGGAAAAAAAUCUAUCUGCAAGCAAAUGAGUUGAAAUACAAUAAUUUAAUCGAAGAACUUGAGGCGUUGUUUUAA